AUGAGGCGCCUGGCAGUCUGCUUUUUGGCGCUCCUCUGCUGUCUUUUGCACUUUCAAUACUCCUCCGGCUCAGCUGCAACGCAACGCGAACUGGAGAAACAGAAUGAAGCGAGUGUGCUAGCGGAGAAGGGGACGAAUUCCUCGGAAGCAGCUGUGGAUCUGCCCGCGGUGGACGCUGCAGCAGGAGCAACGGAGAAGACUCAAGUUAUAGACGGCGGAACGAAAUUAGUUAGAGAUGCGCAAAAUGCGUCAGAUGGCAUCAGCAGCAGCAAAGAAAUAACCCUGGGGCAGCAUGCCCAGGACACUGUGGGGCACGCCCCAGAUGCCUCCUAUGCGCCACCACGGAAUAUUGAGAACCAUCCAGGUGGCGCGCCAGAAGCAUUAUCAGCUAGUGCAGCAGAAGUUGAUGGAGCAGCAGGUAUUGCAACAUCAGGGCAAUCCCCUUCCUCCGAAGGAGCAGCUCCAGCUCCAGCAUCGCCUCCUUUUCCUCCUUCAGGGGGCCGCAUUGUUGUUGGGGGGUGGCGGCCUCAGCAGCAUGUAAAGCGGCAUGACGGGCUGUUGCUGAAGGCCGCAUUGUUGUUGGGGGGUGGCUCCGGAGGUUCCGUUGGCACUGGAGAAGGCAGGGCCCCUGGGGACGCAACGGCGUCAGCAAGGGAAGCAGAAGGAAGCAUGGCAGCACAACGCGCCAAGGCCCCACUUACUUGUGAUGAUUUACCUUGCGGAGAGGGACAACUGAUGUGCUAUGGGCCGAUCAGAGGCCGCUUCGUGUGCACUUGCAGGCUGGGCUUUGAGCUGCAUCGCUGGGGCAGGCAGGCGGUGUGCGUGGACCCCCGCAGCAGCAGCAGCAACGGCGGCGUAAGUAGAAGCAGCCGCAGGAGUAGUGCUGGGACCAGCAGGGUGCAGGGAGCGGUGGGGAACUCCAAAGAAAGCAAAUGGACGAUCGUGUGGGCUGUAGUGGGGGCAGUUGUUGGCGUUUUGCUGCUAGGGCUGCUGGCGUGGGGUGCUCUGUCUUGGCACAGAAGGAGGAAGGACCCAGUCUCUAGAAGCGUGCAGGAGGAGUUUUCUUCUUUGUUAGAUGACCAGUCAAGCACCAAGAGCUUUGGUUUGCGUAGAGGCAACAGAAGCCGAAGGCAAGAAGAAGAAGAAUCAUUGGAAUCCGAGGCAGGAGAGCCAGAAGAAACAGGAAAGCAAAUCAGUGUUUAA